AUGGGUCACACUAUUCUUGCCUCGUUGGCCAUCUGGCUCUUCCUCGCCGCCAGCGCAGAUAGCAUUUCGAAGCGUGCCGCUCUCGACGACUGCCUGAAAACUGCAUCCGUCCCAACGCUCGCCUCCGGAUCUUCUGACUACACUCAAUCGCUCAAACCGUUCAACCUUAGGGUAACUUUCAAGCCUGCCGCUUACGCUGUACCAACUACCGUGAAACAUGUUCAAGAUGCCGUUGCUUGCGGAGCUGCAACUAGCGUCCAGGUAACUGCCAAGUCUGGCGGUCAUAGCUAUGCCUCUCACGGUCUUGGUGGUGAAGAUGGCCAUCUAAUUGUUGACAUGCGGAACUUCGCCAGCGUCACUGUUGAUCAAACGGCUCAGACGGCCGUGAUUGGGACAGGAGGUAGACUUGGAGACGUUGCUACCGCACUUUACAGCCAAGGAAAGCAGGCGAUCAGCCAUGGCACAUGCCCUGGUGUCGGCGUCGGUGGCCUCUCGCUUCACGGCGGUUAUGGUCUCAUCUCCCGCUCCAAGGGUCUCACGCUUGACAACAUUCUCUCGGCCGACGUAGUCCUCGCAAACAGCACGCUCGUCACCGCCUCGCCCACCCAGAAUGCUGAGCUUUUCUGGGCCCUUCGGGGUGCAGGUGCGGCCUUUGGCAUUGUCACCAACUUCAAAUUCAAGACCUUCACCGCGCCGGAGAACAACAUCGUCUUCAACUACUUCUUCUCGCCGUCGUCCGCGACGCAACUCGCAACCGCACUCACCGCACUGCAAGACUUCACACGCAAUUCUCAGCCGCCGGAACUCAACAUGCGUCUAUUCCUGUCGGGUUUCACUACCUUCAGCGGCGUAUAUUACGGCAGUCGCGCAGAUUACGAUAGGAUCAUGAACCCGCUUCUCCAGAAAAUGGGCAUCUCAAGCGGCAGCGUGAGCACCAACUCAUGGCUGAACACACUAACAUCUUUCUCCAACGGCGCCCUCCAGCAAGCCAAACCAUACGACACGCACGAGACCUUCUUUGCCAAAUCGCUAAUGCCCGAGUACCUGAGCCCCGCCGCCAUCACCGCACUCAGCAACUACUGGAAUGCAAACGCGCGCUCGAAUUCACGGUCAUGGUACCUCCUUUUCGACUGCCACGGCGGCAAGAAUUCCGCGAUCUCGAACGUCAGUGCGGAUGCAACGGCGUAUGUGCACCGUAACGCGACGUUCAAGAUGCAGUUCUAUGAUCGUGUGAGCAGUGGGAGUUAUAACACGGCGUGGUUUCCGUUUUUGAAUGGCUGGAUCAAGGCGAUCACUGAUGCGAGUCCGGAUGUGAAUUAUGGCAUGUAUAUAAACUAUGCCGAUACGAGCUUGACCAAGGACGAGGCGCAUAGCCAUUAUUGGCUGGGGAACUAUGAGAAGUUGGCCGCGUUGAAGGCGAUUUGGGAUCCGAAGAAGGUAUUUGAGGGGCCGCAGUUGGUUGGGAGCUGA